UUACUCUUCUGCUUUCUGCCUGCCUCCUUUGACUUGACCUGCGUUAAUUUAUUAUAAGACAGACAAACCAAUGGAGGAAAUCUAUGCUAAUGGUUCUUUCAGCAACCUUUCCAUUUCAAAUGACAGAGGUUCUAGCAGCUCUAAGAAGUGGCUCAUUGUGGGUCUUAUCUCUUUGGGGAUCCUGAGUGUUGGCCUCCUUAUUGGACUCAUCAGACUUGGUGUUCACGCUCAUGCAUUAUCCAGCUUGGCAGCAGGUCUCUCUGAUACGAAAGACAAUCUGACUGAUCGUCUCCAGUCCAGCAAAGACCAGCUUUCUGCCAUGACUAAAGAAAGAGACCAACUGAACGCAACACUCUUGCAACGGUCUAAUGAAGUGACCAGGCUACAAAGUUUGUCAAAGAAAACCUGUCCUGACGGAUGGAGGAUGUUCAGCUUUUCUUGUUAUCUCCUCAUUACUGAAUCUGGUCCUUGGAAGAAAGCCAGAGAAGACUGCAGCAACAGAGGAGGCUAUCUGGUGGUGAUAAACGACGAUGAUGAACAGGUGAUGUGAUCUUUCAGUGUGAAAUUCAUUUAUGUUCAGA